AUGAGCGACACUCUUCAGUUUCCUGGUUCCUCUGCUUGUCUGUGUUUUACUGGACACUCUUUGUACCCACCAAACUCCAUUGAAAAAACGAGUGUUUUAAGGUCAGGGUUUAUGGCGGUGAAAUCAGACGGUUUGUUUCGGCUCCUCGGCGCCGUCGUCCCGCAGAUUUCAGUUUGUCUUGUUCAUCACAGUAAAACUGAGACUCGGGGGAGGCAGUUGAAACAUGACACCCUUCAGCGAAGUCCUGGUUCUGAUCCUAACGGGUCAGUAACAAAAAAAAAACAGCAGCAUGAGAUCGACCCGGUUAGCUUUGCCGAGUUAGCGCAGUGA